AGGUUGGAGCUAUUUUCAUAAUUUUCAUGGUGUAUUUUGUUGAUUAGUUGUACAGCGGGACUGGAAGGGUUCCAGCCAGUAAAGCAUUUCCUGAGGCCUUUGCUUCUUCCUCCUCCUCCUCCUUCUUCUUCUUCCUUUGAUCUUAUCGCAGGCGACGGUUUCACAUCUCAUUCGCAGAUCUUCAAAUUGACCUUCACGCCUUGACUACCUAAUUUUUAGUUCUUCUAACGCUUCAAAGGCAUUUCAAGCAAUUCAAAUAGAGUGUGAGGGUUAGGGUUUACGAAUUCCCCACCCUUCCCUCACUUUGAUGGAAUUCUUCAUCUUCUAACAAGCGAAAUAUUGCGUAGAGAUAUUGAUAAACACUUCUGCUCAGGUUUUGAUCAUUGACUAGCUCAAAGGGGCUUGGUUUGAUUAGAGGUUUUCAAAAUGGCGGCAUCGGUCCCAAUCUACCUGAGCAUUGUCGCUUUUUUCUGCACUGUUGGAGCCAUAGCUUUGGCCAUUUCGCACAUCUACAGGCACCUCAUGAAUUACACAGAACCUACUUAUCAGAGAUACAUUGUCCGCAUUAUAUUUAUGGUCCCAAUAUAUGCAUUGAUGUCUUUCUUAUCCCUUGUUUUACCUGGGAGCUCAAUCUACUUUAAUUCCAUCAGGGAAGUUUAUGAAGCGUGGGUCAUUUAUAAUUUUCUGUCGCUGUGCUUGGCAUGGGUUGGUGGCCCAGGAUCCGUUGUCCUAAGUUUAAGUGGUAGGAUUCUAAAGCCUUCGUGGGUUCUGAUGACAUGUUGCCUCCCUCCCAUACCUCUUGAUGGGCGCUUUAUACGUAGGUGCAAGCAAGGCUGUUUGCAGUUUGUUAUACUGAAGCCCGUAUUAGUUGCCGUUACACUCAUACUUUAUGCAAAAGGGAAAUAUGCAGAUGGAAAUUUCAGUCCAAAUCAGUCGUACCUGUAUCUCACUAUUAUCUAUACAAUCUCAUACACGAUGGCUCUUUAUGCUUUGGCAUUGUUUUAUGUGGCUUGCAGAGAUCUGCUUCAGCCAUUCAAUCCAGUUCCAAAGUUUAUUAUAAUCAAAUCUGUUGUUUUCCUCACUUAUUGGCAGGGUGUGUUGGUUUUCCUUGCUGCCAAAUCUGGAUUAAUAAAGAAUGCAGAGGAUGCUGCUCAAUAUCAAAAUUUCAUAAUAUGUGUUGAGAUGCUAAUUGCUGCUGUUGGUCAUCUAUAUGCAUUUCCCUACAAGGAGUAUGCUGGUGCAAAUAUUGGCGAGCCUCGAGGUCUGACUGGAAGCCUUGCACACGCCUUAAAAUUGAAUGACUUUUACCAUGAUACAGUCCACCAGUUUGCCCCUACCUAUCAUGAUUAUGUACUCUACAACCAUAGUGAGGGUGAUGAGGGAAAGAGGAAGUAUCGGUCACGCACCUUUGUGCCGACUGGCCCAGAAAUGGAUGCUGUCAGAAGGAACAAGCACAUGUUUGGGAACAAGAUAGAUGACAUACAGCUUUCCAGUCUCUCAUCCUCUAGUUCAAGCACUCCCAAUAACUCUGGCCCAGUCUCUGAUUCUGCAAAUUCAGAUGCAAUGAAGUCUUCCCUGCUUGUUGAUACCUCAAAUGCUUCAUCAGUGCCAUAUGACAUGUCACUUAUUGACUUGGACUUGACCAGCUACCCCGCAAAGGUUCCUUCAGCAAAUGAAGGUGGUACUAGGUGACAAGAACAGACUGUGGUAGGCAGUUAUGAAGAAUGUUCAUACCAGGAAAGAAGUAUUAAAAGGGUUAUGGGGUUUCGGUGAAGCUUCAUUUGCUUAAUUGUGUGGUGAUAUUGGUGUUGGUAUACUCCAUCUACCUCUCUUCAGUUUGAUGCUCUGUCAUCACAAACAUCAGGCUUCCCACUGAAAUUGUUUUCAGUGGCUUGUUAGUUCAGUGUGCAUUGUAGAUACAGAAAAUCUAAUUGUCAUACUUGCUAGAUCACAAUAGGAAACAUGAAAUUAAUUUUUUUUUUUUUUUUCCUCCUUUUUUGGUUGCCCAAUGAAGAGUUCUGUUGCUUAUUGGAUUUCAUAGACUUGAUAUCGAAAUUUUUUUUCUGAGUUGGGCCUUGGUACAUGGUUCGUCUUGUUGUUCCUUUUCUUUUUUCUUGCCAAACAAUCAAGGAGAUGAGAGAGCAGUUUUUACUGUAGUUACCAAUAAUGAUUUUACCUGUUGCAUGGCAGUGCAAUCAAAGAUGUUUUGAUGUA